CACUUUUUAUGGAAUUUCUAUGUAAUCGAAAACACAUUUUAUAAUGUGUUUUGUGUAUUUACAAUUUAAAAUCGUAGAACUGUUUUAAACGAAGUUGUGGUAGUAGAAGUGUUGUAUAUCUUAAAUACUUGACAGGUAAUUAAAGCAAUAUAACUGUGACAAUGGACGGUAAUAUGCACUACAACUACUCGUCCCAAGCCUUCGGUGACUACCCAAUGCUAAACUUCAACAGACUGAAUACUCUACCCAUCAACCAACCACCAAGGAACGAAUUAAUGAACCCCAUGCAAGUACCUCAACUCCCUGUACCGAAUGAUUUUGCAGCCCCAAUGAUGUACUACUACAACCCAGGUAUACAGCAGGAUGAGAUGGCACGAGGCCCUGCUCCGAAUCCUGCUAUGUUGCAGCAAACGUCAAACAGAAAUGGAUAUCAAGAAGGUUACAUGUCAUAUGGUUAUGGUAAUUGGCAUACCAAUGAGCCGAACACCAGAUAUUCGGCCAAUCGCUGUCAAAGACUGAACCAGGCGGUGGUUAAAGUCACCAGGAUUAACAAGGAGACCACCUGGAAGGAUUUUAAAAAUCUGGUGAGAAUUUGGGGCCCGACCUUUAAGAUACACUUAGCCAUGGAACGAGGAACUAAUCAAGGCAGAGGUUACGGUUUUGUACAUUACAAGCAUAGAAGCGAUGCUGGCAGAGCAAUAGAAGGUAUGAAUGGUCUUUCUUUUGAUAACGCCGUCCUUGAAGCUGAAUGGGCCAGGCAGUCACUAAAUCCGGAGCAGAUUUAGAAUUUUUUCUUAUUCUUUAUACAAAAAUGUUGUUCAAAUUACUGUUUGUUUUGUGAUUUUCAAUGCUUCUCUAUUGUGUAACAUUAAUAUUCUUUUUUUCAUAGAUUUAAACAAUUAAUGUGUUUAACAAUUCACUUUGAAUGUCAGAAUUACAUUUCUUGCCAAUAAAUUUAUUUUGUGGG